AUGAAGUCGAUUACUACACUAGCUCUCCUUUGCGUUGCCCAACUGGCUGCUGGACAGGCUGUUGUCGUUGGAGGUGUUCAGAUGGUGGAUGCGAGUGUCUUAAUGGCAUCGAAUUCUGCGCUUCCGGCAUCCACGGUCUCAUCUGACGCACCGAUGGUAACUUCCUCGGCAUCAGCUGAGCCAAGCGCAACAAGCGCCGAGGCCGCUCCCACCACUACUCCCGCGCCAAACCCAUACGAAGCAAUGCCUUACGAGAGUAUGGUUUCAGGUGGAUAUUCGAGUAUGGGGUGUGGGUAUGGGUACAAGAAGGACGAAAAGGGGUACUGCCAACCUGAGAGCUGGUAUUCGUUUGGCGGAUGUUACGAAACGACCAUCAUCGUGAACCAUAAGCCAAAGAGCUGCUCGGGUGCUGCUCCUGCCGCGACGGUUACUCACACUGCGACAGUAACCGUCACUCAUACACAGGCCCCGAUGACCGUCACAUACACCCAAGCCCCAGUCACAGUUACUCAUACCCAGGCUGUUACACACACUCAGCAAGUCACCUAUACCCAAACUGCUACCCAGACACAGGUCGUUCCUACCACCGUUCAUGUCACUCAGACGGAAACGAUGCACGUCACUCAGACACAGGUCCAGACUCAAACCGAGACGAUGCACGAAACUCAGACUCAGACUUUGGUGCAUAACGUUACCCAGACUGCGACUGAGCUCAAGACCGAGACUGCGACGGCGACCAAGACUGAGGUGCAGCAUCUGACUGCAACGAUGACAGAGGUUCAAACUACAACGGCAAUCCACACGCAAGUUGUACCUACCACGGUCAUGGUCACUGAUACUCUCACCCAAGUCCAGAAAGAGACCCUCACUGCGACUUCAACCGCAACCGCAACCCAAGUUGAGAUCAAGACUUACACCCAAACUCAGCUUGUCCCAACCACCAAGGUUUGGGUUUCCACCGAGAUCGUCGACAAGACAUCCGUUAUUGAGCAUACAUUGACUGCGACGAUGACACAAACACAGUUGAACACAGUUACGGCUACGGCUACUUCUACUGCCACUGCCACGGCGACGGCGACUCAGAAGGAGACUCUAACCGAAAAGUCUACUAUCACCGAGGUCGCAACCGUCACCCAGGUUCAUACGCAGGUGGUUCCUACAACCUACGUUUCCGUUUGGGUUAGCACCGAAGUGGUUGAUAAGACGAAGAUCAUCGAGCAUACCAAGAGCGCUACUGUCACCUCCACCGCGACCUACCUCCAGACGUCGACCGAGACUCAGACCGCUACGGCCACUGCUACUGCCACUGCAACCGUCACGAACCAAGUAACGCAAGUGUACACUCAAGUCGUCCCCACCACGGUUACCUCUGUUUGGGUUAGCACUGAAAUCAUGGACAAGACAAAGACCGUCGAGCAUACUUUGACUUCUGUGAUGACUCAGACCGCGACGCUUACUCAGACUAGCGUGGAGACGCAGACUCAGACUCAGACUCAGACGCAGACUCAGACAGCGACUGCAACUGCAACUGCAACUACCACGCAAAUAGUUCAGGAAACAGCCCUGUCGAGUUGUUUGAAUAUGUGCACGAUAAGUUGGUCUGUUCCAUUGCAUAUGAUGACAACUUCGACCACUGCCCAUGCGAUGCCCACCACCACGAGUCAUACGAUGGCCGCGAGCACUCCCACGCAUGAUUCUGGAUGUGGAUCUGGCGGUUGCGGUGCGAUGACAACUUCCACUGCAGCCGCUAUGCCCGAGAAGACUGGUGAUUCAUGCUACGGCUCGAGUUGCUCUUCGGGAUGCGGAAGUGGAGGGUGCAAGCGGGCGUAUGGGACCAAGCGCGAGCAAAAGCGCAGACUGCCCGUGACUGCGUAA